ACCAUUUCUAUUAUCAACAAGGUUUUCAAGAUGACCACAUGUGGGGAAGCUCCCAAUAGCGCAUAUCCCGAUCUAUAAAAGAGAUUGGAAACGUAUUUGCGAAGAGUGUACUGCCUUAAAGAAAUCGAUACUAAAAAUGAGUACGAUCCAAAUGAUGUGGAGUAUUUUGGGGUUCUGAGCUUAAACGAUAUUCGAACGCCACGCCGUAAAUAUGGCCAAAGGAAUAUGUACGAACUGUUCAGAAAACCUGUGUAUACAGGGGCCGGCAUGCGAUCCCGAGUGAAGAACCACUUCAAAGGACUCAAGUGGCAUGUGAAAGGAAACAUAUUGGAAGCCCCCUCAGACAGCUCCUUUAAUGAUGAAAAAGUGGUAAACACAAUCGCAGAUUUAUAUAAGGACGAAAGGGGGAAAUAUUACGACUACCUUAUGUCUAGGAGUAACCUGUAUAAGUCGUACACAUAUCUACAAAUUAAUGCAUAGCAGAUGUUCAUUUCUAUAUAAGAAUUCUUAGAAUCAAGCU